AUUCACAAUAUUCAAAAUUGAAAUAUAAGAAAGAUGCUAGUUAAAAAUAUUAAGAAAAUGGAUUUGAAUAAGACUUUAAGUGAAGAAGAGGGGAGUAUAUGUCUUGACUCCCCUGCCUUGGAAAGAAAGAAAGACAAAAUAUUAGAAAUCGCAAAUACAGAUUUAAUGAUAUCAGAAGAUAGUGGUAAUAUUCCAGAUAUUGACGAACAUUUUUCUCGUAAGAAACAUAAACAUAGAAAAAAAAAUCGAGCUAUGAAUCCGAGUUCUGAUUUGGAAGAUAGUGAUCUCUACAGUUAUGAUGAGCUCUUGUCAAUGUUGCGAAAAACGGAAAGUUUAAGGCUAAUUGAAAAAGGUCAAAAGGAAAAAACAAUUGUUAUUCCACUUCCCAUCACUGCAAGAGUGUCUAAAGUUAAGUCAGCUCUGAUAAACUUUGUGGCCAUAUGUAAGGCUUUAAACAGGGAACCUAAAAUGUUUAUCAAGUUCAUUAUGGUUGAAUUUGGUACUCAAGCUUCCAUAGAUAAAAACAAUUGGCUAAUUCUGAGAGGGAUAUACAAAGAGUAUCACUUUACAGCAGUUAUAAAAAGAUUUAUAAGAUCUUACGUUAAGUGUGUUGCAUGUAGAGGAUUUAAUACAGAAAUUCACCGUUUAAAAAGAGAAUUAUACGUUGUGUGCUAUUAUUGCGAAGCAAAAACAAAUGUUGAACCAAUCGUCGAUUUGUACAAGGCUUUAACAGGUGUUCCAGGGGAAAAAAGGGAUAAUUAG